AUGGCUGACCCAAAAAAUUCUGAUGUGAAUGUGGAUUCUCCUGAUCAGAACUUAGACAACAACACUGCUUCAUUAGCAGAUACGAUGCUGGUGCCAUGUCCUGAUGAUCAAAACCCUGAAUCCAACUCUUCUGUUGAGACACCAAACCCUGUAAAGGGUGAAAGUAGUGAAGGGGCUCUCAAGCGUGAGAUCAGGAAUUCGGAUGUUAAGUUAAAUCCGAUGGCUAAGGAAUAUGUUCCACAAUCACUUGAUCGAACCCACUCUUUGUUUGUGACCAAUAACUUAUGGUUUACCAACGGUUUCACAAUGCAAGCUUUCUAUGCUCAGGAUAAUGAGAAUUUUGCUACAAGGAGAAUGAACUCUGGCCAAAGGAAGCGAAGGAUGAGCAAGAAAAUAAGCCUGGCUCAGAAGGAAGAUGUAAUCAGGAGAACGGUCCAUGUCUCAGACAUUGAUCAACAGGUUACUGAGGAUCAACUUGCUGGUCUCUUUCAAUCUUGUGGCCAGGUUGUUGAUUGUCGUAUCUGCGGGGACAACAAAUCUAUUCUCCGUUUUGCCUUCAUUGAGUUCACUGAGGAAGAGGGAGCUAGGUCUGCUUUUAAACUAUCAGGAACUCUAUUUGGCUCUCAUCCUAUUAAGGUUCUUCUAUCCAGGACAGCUAUUGUACCUGUGAAUCCGAGUCUCCUUCCAAAGUCUGAGGAGGAGCGUGAGAAAUGUGCCAAGACUGUUUACUGUACUAAUAUUGACAAGAAGGUCACUCAAAUGGAACUGGAAGAUUUCUUUAAAGCAGCAUGUGGGGAGAUUCAGCAUAUGAGGGUUAUCCAAGACCGUCAUCACCAAACCUGCAUUGCUUUUGUUGAAUUUAAACUGGUGGAAAGUGCAGUUACUGCUCUUAGCUACAGCGGUAUUAUCUUGGGCGGGUUCUCUGUUAGGGUAAGCCAGUCCAAGACACCAGUGAGGCUAGAGCCCUUUGAUUUAAACUAA